CAGAGACUAAAAUGAUAUCGUCCGGUGCAAUAGUGCUGCUAGCUCUGGUCAACGUCAUUGUUUCAAAUCCAAUUGACGAUGGUAUGGAACUGCGUUCCGGUAGGAAACGACCACUGGCUUCCAUAACUCCAAAUGACAAGCGUGGUCCCAACGGCGAAAAAAUUACAAACCAUUACGCUGUGGUAUCGCCCAAAAAAAAGUGGCCGGGCGGCGUCGUUCCCUGGCAAUACAAAAGCACCGACAGUUUCACUGAUGCACAGAAGAAGAAUAUCGAGACUGGUUUGGGAGAAAUAAUGAACGCAACGUGCAUAAAAUUCCGAGCAAAAACCGAUGCUGAUGUAGCAUAUGUCACCAUCCAAAAUUCUCAGGAGGGCUGCUGGGCUGGAUAUGGGUAUACAGGAAGCAGUGUGACUUUGAAUCUUGCCAAAGAUUGCUACCCAGACACGUCGUUUAUUAUCCACGAGAUGAUGCAUGUCCUGGGAUUCGACCACGAACAACAAAGAUAUGACAGAGAUAUAUAUCUUGAAGUUCAAUGGGAAAACAUUCAGGCUGGCAACGAAAAUAACUUUGACAAGUAUCCUCGCACUAAGGCGUACCCAAGAUACCCUUACGACCUUUUUAGCGUCAUGCAAUAUUAUCUCACUGCUUUUGGAAAAGGGGGCCGUCCAACUAUGCUUCUAACGUUCCAGAACGAAACCAUCAACAAGUCUGAAAUCGGCAAUGCGAAAAAGAUGACCAGAUCAGACAUUUUGAGGAUGCGAUCUGCAUACAAAUGUGACUUCAACGGCGAGAGUGGUGGUGUUGGCAGGAUGGGCAUCGAUUUGGAAGAGUCGGCCUUUGCCAAACACAAUUUCUUUUGA